AUGGCGUUCCAUAUGCCAUACUCCCCGCUAUCCUCCCCAGUAUUCGCACCACCCUCAAACCCAUUCUCGAAUGCCUCGCCGACAACACGUCGCGCAACGCGCCCACCACUGAGCACAGCCGCAACGUCGGCUCAGGUCCCCGCGAAGCCGGGAGUGAGCAUGGAGGACUGGGACGCGCGAUGUCCUCUACCAGAAAUCGCCACACAGAGCGUCGAAGCUAUCAAAGAACGUGCUACGCGCCCUGUGCGUGUGUCCCAGGCAUAUCCCGCGUCUGAGGGCGGGAGUACACGGCCCGGAACGCCGCUGGCUAAGGGCUCGCCAUUACUAUCGUCGAAGAGUUUGGCCUCGAUGAACGCCCGAGCAGCCACACCCGUUGGGAAACCACACGCGUUGCAUCCAGCACAACCUAUCGCUACACCUCAAGCUUUCUUCGACUGGCUCGCCCUCGUCGAUCGCGCCGCUACACAUUCCCAGGAAGCCCACUUCCGCGCACAUCUCGCUUCGCUAUCCGACCAUCUGGACACAUGUACUUCGCUCCUGACGUUGACCUCGGCCGUACAAGCGGAAGUCGACGCGAUGCUGGCGGACUGGAGAAGCGUGGAGGAGGGUGGACGGAGUCUCCAAGACGCGUGCGCGCGUUUACUUGGCGAGCGAGAGGAGUUGGUACGGGCGGAGGAAGAGAUCGCUGGGAGAAUGGAGGUGUUCGCAGAGCUGGAGGGUGCUACACGGAUGUUGAAUGCACCAGGCGAGAGUCUCGUCAUGCGUGGCGACUUCUUGGACAUGGUCGAGCGCGUCGACGCGUGUAUUGGGUUCUUGCGCGAACACAGACAAUAUAAGGAAGCAGAACUGUACUUGCUGCGCUUCGAACAGUGUCUGGUUCGAGCAAUGACGUUGAUCCGCAUGUACUUCGUCGGGAGUUUGCGUGCACUGAACGCAGACGUGAGCAAGCGCUUGAGCGAGAAGGACGUGUCCGCAACUGCUACACAUCAUCUACUGUACACUCGCUUCCGAUCCGUCGCUGGUCCUCUAUCUCCAUUGCUGGGAGAGCUCGAAAGACGAGCCGCCCAGCACCCUGCAACCCUUGGCAGUCUUCUCGACGAAUGCCAUGCCGCAUACUUCUCUGCCAGACGAGCGCUCUUGGUGCCUCGACUACAAGCAGAACUUCGUGGCCUCGACCCCACACGCGCCGAGCUCGUCUCACUAGCACGUUCAGGAUGUGGACUGUUACGCGAGGUGUGCGCCGACGAGUGGGAGCUCUUCGGCGCGUUCUUCAAAGGAAAGGCAGGGCGCGCCGCGAUGUAUACAUAUCUCGAGGGUCUAUGCGAUCAUCUGUACGACGACCUACGACCACGCAUUCUACACGAAAGCCGGCUUUCCGCACUGGGCGAGGUCUGUGCUGUACUCAGAGCGCUCAUGGUGCUCGAUGCGCCGGCACCGGGCACUGAUGAGUCCGAUUCGGAUGAGGACUCAGAGGAGCUCAGUAUACCCGAUACAGACGGUACAAAAAGCAAGAAGGACAAGGGUCUCGGUGCACCACCAGUCGCGGCGCUACUCGCAGCCGUUCUGCAAGACGCUCAGACAAGGCUAUUCUUCCGCGCACAAGCGGCCAUCCAGAGUGAGAUCCGCGGCUUUGUACCGAAAGAUAGCGACCUCGCAUAUCCUGCUAUACUUCUCGACAAGGAUCGUCAGGACAACUCCGUGCCGCCGCGUGAGAAGGAUUUGGGCGCGCGCGUCUUCGCGGGCGCCAAACUUGAGCGCCGCGAGACGUGGUAUCCUACACUCGGUCGCGCUGUAUGGGUCCUCAGUCAACUGGGCGAGUUCGUGCAGCCAGCGAUCUUCGCCGACCUCGCAUCCGAAGCGCUCGCGCUCACACGCGCCUCCCUCACCCCAGCCGCCUCCCGCCUCCUUCCACUCGACGGCGCCCUCUUCCGCGCGCGCCAUCUCCUCAUCCUCAAAGAGAUCGCACGCGGUCUCGACCUCGGGCUCGGCGCCAUCCCUGCAUCAGCUUCUUCCUCGUCUACCGCGCCACCGCUCUCACGCUCGGUCUCGGCCUCGUUACCGCCGACGAUGUCGUAUGGAACUGUAACGCCCACCAACAAUGAGGGCGGACUCGCGGAGACGUUCUCGAAUCUACUUGGGAGAGCGGGAGGGAUGUUGCCGUUGGGUGUGCAGGAUAGCCUUGGGUUCGCGAGGCCGGGGGAGGGCGUUGAUGCGAAACAUGCUAUCGACGCAGAUCUCAAGCUCGCCGUCGAAGACGCGAUAGCCCUCCUAGCCCACCCCGCAAUCGCGCCCCUCCAAUCCUUCCUCUCAUCCGCAUCAUCAAUCCCACGCCCGCCACCAUCAGCCGCCCAAGACGCCGCGCACGCCUCUCUCGACGCCAUAGCGCGCGAUCUCCGUGCCGGAGCAGCGCGGCUGCGGCUUUAUGUGCCCGAUAGCCGGACGGUGGGCGUGUUGUUGGGCCAUGUGAAGGAUAGGGUCGUCGAGGAGUAUGGGGCGUUCGUUGCGGUUGUUGGGAGGGAGGCUGUGAGGAUGGGGAGGUGGUGGCGAGUGGGAGUGGGAGUGCGUGAGGUGUACCGGGUGCUUGUAUAA